AUGGAUUUUGUUGCUGGAGCCAUUGGAGGUGUCUGUGGUGUUGCUGUGGGCUACCCCCUGGACACAGUGAAGGUUAGGAUACAGACGGAGCCAAAGUACACAGGGAUCUGGCACUGCGUCCGAGACACAUACCACCGAGAGCGGGUGCUGGGCUUCUACAGGGGCCUCUCGCUGCCUGUGUGCACCGUGUCCCUGGUCUCAUCCGUGUCUUUCGGCACCUACCGCCACUGCCUUUCGCACAUCUGCAGGCUUCGGUAUGGGAGUGCUGAUGCCAAGCCCGCCAAGGCCGACAUCACGGUCUCAGGAUGUGCCUCUGGCCUCGUUCGUGUGUUCCUGACCUCUCCCACUGAGGUUGCCAAGGUCCGCCUGCAGACGCAGACACAGCAGCGGCGUCUCUCAGCUUCCUGGUCCUCAACUGCACCCAUGUGUCCCGUGUCCCCUGCACCUGUAUGCCCAGUGCCUGGGCCCAAGUACCGUGGGCCACUGCACUGCCUGACCACGGUGGCUCGUGAGGAGGGCCUUCGGGGCCUCUACAAAGGCAGCUCGGCCCUUCUCUUCCGAGAUGGCCACUCCUUCGCCACCUACUUCCUGUCCUAUGCCAUCCUCUGUGAGUGGCUCACCCCCGCUGGCCACAGCCAACCAGAUGUCUUGGGGGUGCUGGUGGCCGGUGGCUGUGCAGGGGUAUUGGCCUGGGCUGUGGCCACCCCCAUGGACGUGAUCAAGUCGCGCCUGCAGGCAGACGGACGGGGCCAGCGGCGGUACCGGGGCCUCCUACACUGUGUGGUGACCAGUGUGCGGGAGGAGGGGCCCCGGGUCCUCUUCAAAGGGCUGGUUCUGAACUGCUGUCGCGCCUUCCCUGUCAACAUGGUGGUCUUUGUCACCUACGAGGCCGUGCUGAGGCUGGCCCGCGGCCUGUUCUCAUAG